CAAAGUCAUUUCCUUUAAUUUUUUACACCUAAACCUAAAAACCAAACACCGGCUUGAUGUUCGGAAUUCGUACAGUGAAUCGCACCUACAAUCCAACCAAUUAGGAGAGAAGAUCCGUUUUCGAUUCCAAACAAUUAGAGAAAUUCUAGAAAUUCCAAAAUCUCGGCACGAUUCCUCUUCUUUGCCCGACCCAGAAGAAGAACAUAUGAUUGGGUUGUAAAUUUUGAUGAACCCUAACCCUUUGAAGUUCCGGGUCGUUCGGUCGGAAGUUAUAAGAAUCUCAUAACCUCAAGAAUCAAAAUUUCUCGGUUGGGUUGUGUCUGAAGUCUGGUAUCUCGCUCAUCUUUCAUCUGGGGAAGUUGUAGGUUUUAUGGUUAUAUACGGAGAUCAAUUUAUUGCCUUUUUGCAAAUGUUCAUUCUGAAAAUAUCUUCCUUGUUUGGCAACGCAAUAGUAAAUGGGGGUUGAAGCUGUAAGGAAGUAUUCAAAGUCUGGAAAUAUGGACAAACUUUCAACUCCCCCAGGUUUCGUGUCCCAAACAUCCUUUGUGUUGAAGCAAAUAUCCCAUGAAAGGGAAAGCUCAAGACCGGCCUCCGGGUUUGCUUUGGGACAAGUGGAAAUUACUCUUUCCGAUAUGGCUGAUGCAGAAAGUUUCAAGAGUUGCCUUUGGAACCGACCAUGGAUACUGCCUGAACAGACAAAUCUCAGCUCAGAGGCAUCGAAGUCGCUGAAACACGAGAUGCUGGGGAGACGGUUUCCCAAAGUAAAAAACAGGGAAGUUCUUGAGGAAGCUCCUGUGUUUCACCCGACUGAAGAGGAAUUCAGUGACACAUUUGCAUAUAUAGCAAGCCUGCGAGAGAGGGCCGAGCCCUGUGGAAUCUGUUGUGUUGUUCCUCCUUCCUCAUGGGAACCUCCAUGUCAUCUGGAGGGCAAGAAAAUCUGGGAGCAUUCGGUGUUUUCCACUCAAGUUCAACUCUUUGGUGGUGGUAUUCAAACCGAUAAUCCAGAGGUGAUGAAAGAGGCUAAUUGGGAUGAUAAGAAUGGUGAUGUAUCUAAGAAGGUCCAGUUUUGUAGAAUUGACAUUGGUCCGCAAUAUACUCUGGAUAAGUUCAAGAACUUUGCCGAUGCUUACAAGAAGCAACAUUUUAGCAUGAAGGAUGGGGUUUCGGGUCUAAAGCCAGAAGAGCUGUCUGUGGCAGACAUUGAACAGGAGUAUACACAACUUGUUGAGAAUUCAAAUGUUGAACUCGGGGUGCUUUACGGCAGUGAUCUAGACACCAGCGUGUUUGGCAGUGGAUUUACCUCAUCUGACGCAUCUGAGUCUUGCAAAUUUAGCAAAUCGGGUUGGAAUCUGAACAAUACAGCUAAGCUUCCUGGCUCUCUUCUUUCCUUUGAAGACUGCGAGUCUGUUUCUGUCCCUCGCCUGUGUGUAGGAAUGUGUUUUUCAACGCAGUUUUGGAAAGUUGAGAAGGACUGCCUUUACUCGCUCUGCUAUUUGCAUUUGGGUGCUCCGAGAGUUUGGUAUGCUGUUCCAGGACAUUGCAGCUUUCUGUUCAAGACUACAAGAGAACGCUUCAUCGCAGAAUUCUCCGGAGAAGAAUCCGAGAUUCAUCGUGAGACUGUUAUGACUAUGUCUCCAUAUGCAUUGAGCAUGGAGGGUAUACCCGUGACACGUUGUGUUCAGAGCUCCGGCCAGUUUGUGGUUAUAUUUCCGGGUUCCUAUUAUUUGAGCUUUGACACUGGUUUCAACUGUUUAGAGAAAGUAAAUCUGGCCCCCCUUGAUUGGCUGCCUCAUGGGUAUGCUGCUGUCUUGAUAAAUCAAGAAAAGUGGAAAAAGUCAUUGAUAUCUUACGACAAGCUGCUACUAGCAGCUGCUAGGGCAGCCGUGAGAUGUCAGUCCGAAUCUUUGUUGUUCAGGAAAAACACAUCAGACAGCAACAUGAAAUGGAAAGAUGCUUGUGGAAGGGACGGAAUAUUGCAUAGGAUCCUGAAGGCACGAGUCAAGCAGGAAAAGGAUCGGAUGGAGUAUCUCUGCAACCCGCUGAAAUCACAAAAGAUGGACAAAAACCACAACGAUGAAGUGAGGAAGAGGGAAUGCUGUGUAUGUUUUUCAGAUCUGUAUCUCUCUGCAGUUCGAUGCCCGUGUUCUGCAGAACGCUACUCGUGUUUGGUCCAUGCGAAACAGCUUUGCCCAUGUCCCAAUAAUGUCAAGAUUUUCCUGUACCGAUACACUAUCGAUGACCUGAACGUGCUUGUGGAGGCUUUGGAAGGUAAAUACAGUGCAAUGUACAGAUGGGCAAGACAAGAUCUCGACUUUAUUCCAUCUGUUGUGACCCACCUGGACAAGAAGAAGCCGGCCAGCACUAGGAAAAAUGCUGCAGCAGCUAGCAUUAAGGCACAGGUGAAGGCAAGAGUAAAGGCGAGGUUACUGGAGCGGGUAAUGAAGGUGAACGAGGAUAAGGAUGUAUCAUCCGCCGCGGUAUCGGGAGGAAAAACAAGCGAGAGAGAGAAUACAUCGAGAUCCAAUGAUGAUGGUCGAGGAGAAGAUGGAUCAUCUCAGCUUGUUAAAGGGUGUUCAUCAGGGAAGAAGAAUGGAGAGGAGAGCUCGGGGAAGGCGUCUUUGAAGAAGCCGUCAACUGCGCCAUCCGACUCUUCUGCCUCAAACAAGUCAAAGAAACAGAGACAGAUGCGAUGAAGAGAAAUGUCUUUUAGUUCGUUAUGUAUUUAUUUUUUUUGUCCACUUAUUUCUUUGAGCAGAACAGAAAACAGCAGAAUAUCAAGCUGUUUUACAAAACGUAACUUUUAAAUACUAAAUAAAUUAAGAGAAAAUCUCAAAAAUAUUUGAA